CUUCGUACCACAUUUCAAGAUUUUAAUAUGCUGAUUUCAGGCCAAGGGCGGACAGGCUGCGAUUGAUGCAUGUCCACUGGACAUUAGAGGAUAGGGGGACCCACCUCCGCUUCGCAUCUUGAGCCUCGGCAGAGAGAUUACAGAAUGCUGUUUCGACGUGUCCCGAAGCCAGAUUUAUCACCGUGCCGAUAGGCAGUCGUCACCUGAAUCAUCGAAACAACAUCGUCCUCCACUUCCGAGGAAUUGCACCUCUUCUGGUGCGGUAAGACGCUUAGCACUCUGUAGCAAAAUUCCCGACGUGAAGAUCCAACGAGGAAAUCAUGUCUGGCCCUUUGACAGCGUCGGGAGGCUCGGCCUCAGCAGCCCCGCCACUUCUUGCAGCACCCAAGCCCAAGCGUGCCGUCGGUCUCUUUCACGACGCCAUAGAUGGAGACAAUCAAGCUCAUCAAGUAGAAAAGCAGGAUGGGGAACAUGGCAGAGCCCGAAGCAUUACAGGAUUCGAGUUCCGAACAUCGCUUCAUUCACCGUCGCCGCCCCCUGUUUCGAUCGAGCGGCGAAGCUCGCCUUUUCGACCGAGCAGCACAUGUUCGCCCCCACCGUCUCAAUUGGUGUACAAUGUGCCCCCGCUACCUCGAACCUCCCAAAGCCCUGUGCUUAACGGGUCGCCUAAGAUGGGGUCGCCUAAGAUGAGCGGCACUUCUAUGGUUCCUGCUCCUCCUCGUAGCCCAACCCCAGUCGAUUUGAAAGGCUUUGCUGCUACCUGCCACGGGUUCUAUUUCGAACAAGAUGAGGCGAGUAAAUUGGCAAUGGAAUCCAUGCUGAACAAGGCCCCGCCCACGCACCGACCGACUUACAUGCGUCUACAAGCUAAAGUCCGACAAGACUUUCAUGCCCAAGUAGCAAGACAGGGCCGUGAGCGACUGGAGCGAGAUAUCGAAAAUGCUAUACCGGCCUCCAAACUACCCGAUCACGGCGAACGUCCGCGUUCUGCCGCCGACAGACGGGCGCGGUACGGGGUGCUGCAAGAAUUCAUUCGUUCCCAUUGCACGUCCGUACAAGUGGGAACACGACCCUUCUUUGGCGCGCUUCGCCUCUUUAUGCAGUGCCAGGCACGAGGAAGAGACCGCGGUGGCGCGGGUUGCUAUCAAGCUAUUUGGGCCUUUGAUGAGGCUGUCCUCCUCGAGGCUGCAGGGCCAGAAUUCGAGCGCGACGCGGUGAACCUCCUCGUCCGCGUACUGGGAUUUGAGGUGAUCACGCCAGCGCGACGACGGACGUGUCAGAGGCAGCCAACUGCUGAUAAUGAUCCAUUUGGCGAAGCGCAAGGCAGCCAAGAACAUCGUUCGUCACUUCAUCUUUCUAACAGCCCAGUGCGCGGUCGCCCUUCAUUCUCCAAUUCUCCGCACAAGAGUUCGCCGCUCGCCGCGCAAACGGAAUCUGAGUCGCAAGCUUGCGAGCCCCCACCGGUCGGCUUCUUGGAACCACCUGAGGACGAACCAUUUUAUCGCCUUUGGAAGAUUCCGCCAUACUAUACGGAUCCUGAACUGCGUGCCCUUUCCAAUUUGAUACCGGAAGAUGUCCUGCCUGCGCGUUACAGAGACGUCUUCAGCGAAGCCGCGCAACAGGCGCGCAAGACUUUAACACAGGGUAUCAAUGAGGCGGUGGAAGCAGGUCGCUCGCCAUUUGAGCUAAUGGCCGUACACGCCAAUCUGGGCCGAGAGCUUUCUGCGCGCCCUAUCAUGAGCAUCCUGCCGCCCGAUGAGGGCUCCGUCGGGAUGAUCCAGUUGCCCACUGGCUGGGUUUGGCGCAGCGAUGACCUCAGGGAUAGUGAUCACAAGGGUGGGCUGGUCAGCCGCGUGAUUGCGUUCUUCAAGCGCACGCUGUUGCGCAAGGGAUAGAUUCUUGAACAUUCUGUAGCGUUACGGGUAUGUGCGCUUGCGGACUCCAACAAUCUUUCUCCCCAUUGUUGUAACACCAAGGAUCAUUCAAUUAGACUAAAGCGGUGCCCUAGCU